AUGCACGGGCACGUCCCAUUAUCCCGCAAAAAGGCCAAAACAGGGUGCAAGACAUGCAACUUGUCGACGCUGUGUAUCAACCGGCCGUGUCUGCGAUGGCUAUGGCAUCUGGGGGGAGGCGGAAGUCCCUACGGUCAGCCAAAUGGCAACCGUGAUCUAUCAACCUAUUGCACACCGGUUCCAGUCGGCAACCUCAGCCACGAGGAACAACUGUGCUUCGACUGGCUAAUCAAACGAACUGCAAAGAAGUUCGCCGGUUUAUUUCCAUCUGACUUCUGGGAGACAUUGAUCUUCCAAGCUAGUGCACAGGAACCUGCUGUGCGCCACGCUGUCAUUGCCGUGUCAUCCACGCAUCGGUUCCAGCACCAAUCUACCACCACGCUGACUAAAUACGACGAAGAAUGUUUCACUCUUCGGCAAUAUAACAAAGCAAUUCAGCACCUACGCACUAAUGUAACCAACAAUAGGUACUCUCUCCGAGUAGCGUUGAUUACAUGCAUGCUCUUUAUUACCCUAGAAUACAUGCGUGGGCAGUAUCAGAUGGCAGGUGCGCAUCUCCAGUAUGGCAUGAAGCUCCUCUCCGACAUAUCCGCACCACGUCCUCCGUCAUCCAUGAUGCCUACCACUCUGUCUCCCGAUGAAGACUUUGCCUACAAUGCCCUAGUCGACGCCUAUGUCCGACUGGGCAUUCAAGCGGCCAUGUUCGGCCAUGUGGCUUCACACAUGUAUAUUGUAACAAAAGACCCGCUAUCUACCCGUCUCCCUUAUACAUUCAGCUCGCUUCUAGAAGCAAGACGCAGUCUAGAUGACCUUCUGAACAGAAUCCACUGUCUAGAAAAGCAUUACCGCGACCACCACGCACCCCAGGCACCAACCAACAAGCAACAAAUGCUCAACACCCAAAGCAGAAUUCUUGCAGACCUAUCUCGCUGGGGCAAAACAUACACCGUCACAGUCGCACGCCUCAGAACCAGCAAGAUAUCAGGGAAGGAUCAAAUGGGCUACCUCCUUCUACGGGUGUACCACGAAAUGGCGGAAAUAAUGGCCUCAGUCUGCCUUUCACCAGAAGGCACCGAAUCCGAGCUUAUCUUUGACUCUUAUACCGAUAACUUCAUCAAAAUAAUGACCAGCUUCCUCGACAUAUGGAGAAUCUGGUCAUCAACGGUCUUUCGCAAAGAGGAUAUCUCGAAGCUAGAUAACGCACCCGAAGACCUGAAAGCCAUCUUCCAGAACUUCAAGACAAUGUCCGACUUGAACGUGAUUCUGGAAGCUUCUUUAUUAGAACUCCUCGAAAAGGCCCCCACACUCAACCAAUACCUGAAGUCACCGGACUGUGUUGCUAACGGGUUCACCGUUGAGAUGGGGUACAUUCCGCCCAUAUACUACACGGCCCUUAAAUGUCGUGUUCCGCGGCUCCGGCGGCAAGCUGUGAGGGCGUUGAGGGCUGCGCCGCAUCGGGAAGGGCUGUGGAACGGUUCGCUUUUGGCAGAUGUUUUGGAGGAGAUUAUUAAGGUUGAAGAGGGGGACUUUUAUGCUGAUAAUAUGUCUGUUCAUUCUUCGGUAGGGCAUAUUCUGCCCAAGCACGAAGAAUUACUUGUGCCGAAGGUGCCAGCCGAGGCGAGGGUCUCGGAUGUUAAGAUUCUUCUGCCGGACGAUAUUUCUGGGCAUACUUAUGUUAGCUAUCGGAGGAAGGUUUUAGGUGGUGAGUGGAUGACUUUUACGCGGAAGAUUAGUGUAUAA